UCAUGCUUCAAAAUUGGAUAAGCAUCCUUCACAAAGGAAACCACAGCCUUUUUUUGCAACUUUUUUUGUCAGAAAACACGAACAUAAGCCCACGUUGGUAGUAUUUUGAUCAUGCCCGCGACAAUUUGCUUCUGAAUUGCGAGGUUCUCCAGCUCCAUGGCUGUGAAUCUGUGUGUGUGUGAGAGAAAUAGAACGAGAGAGAGAACGAGAGAAGCGGCUGCUUUCGUUUUUGAGGUCAGAGUUUUUGGAGCAUCGAACAAUGGAGUUGCAACAAGAGCGGCGUAUCGGCAGUAGUGCGUGGAAGGGAGAGAGAGAGGGAGAGAGAGAGCGAGAGAGUUGGAAGAAUAUGUGUGGGAUGUGCUUUGCUUCGGAGUCUCUUGGUGCAAUGGAGAUUGAGGCAAAGCCAUCGUUGAGGAGGAGGUCGUAAUUUGGUGAGAUCGCACGGCGAUGGCGAAGUCACACUUUGUCGUGGUCUGCAUCAUCAGCGGGAGCAAAGAUCGAUUUAGCUAGAGCGAUGUUAUCUACAGAAGUUGUGCACAAACUCAUGUUCUAGCUUCAAAUAAAUUCAUUGAUGAUGGUGAAAUCGAUCACCUCGAGUCUCGGCCUCCGGUCACGAGAGCAAAUCCAGAUGUUGGGAUGCAAAAUCACUCUUCUGAUGGCUUGAUACCUCAAGAACGGGAAGGUUGUAUUCCUGUGGUGAAGGUUGGUGCGAAAAGGGGAACAGGAAUUGAUUCGCUGCUAGAAAACAUUGUGCUGGUAGCAGAGCUACAAGGGCUGAAAGCCAAUCCCGACAGAGAGGCCAAGGGAACUGUUGUUAACGCAAGUUUGGACAAUGCCAGAGGUCCACUCGCCACAUUACCGGUUCAAAAUGGCACCCUUCUCAAGGAAGACUUUGUGCUUUGUGGUGAGGCACAUGUAAAGCCGCAGGUAGAUGCUGAAGGAGUGGAAAUACGAUUUCAUCGUGAUAUUUGUGGUCUUGUAGAUGGCAUUCGAGAAGCCAUGCCAUGGAAGGGCUGCUAGAAGAUGUAGAGGAGGGGGUGCUAAUUGGUGAGGCCGCAGUAAGUGCCGUCUUUGAGGCUGGAAGUCGUAAAGCAAGUGGCUGUGUUGUGAUUGAAGGCAAGAUGGUGACGGGUUCUGGAAUUCAUGUUAUGCGGAAAAAAAUAUUGCGCAUGGUGGCUUUAUAAACUCGUUGAGAUGAGUGAAGGAGCUCGCUUAGGAGGUUCCCACCGGCUUGGAACCCGGAGGUGGUGUUGGCGACUUCAAUAAAUGGCAAGCUGGUGCCAGGAUCAUAGUUUUUAGGUUGGUGGCUAAGAAGUGGACUUCAGAAGAUGCUUCAGUGACUGUCAAUGCUGCUGUUAACACUACAUAUCACUUCAUAAUAAUUAGACCUCUGGAACGGUUUUCUAAUCGAUCUUUUAUUUAUGAUGUCAAGGUUAACCACACUCCAAUAUGGGAGUUCACCUCUUUAUGUACCA